AUGGGCAGUGUGAAGAGUAGCAACCCUGCAUUGGAGGGGCUUCACGAGGAGCUUGGAGUGAUGGAGGAGCAGAUACGGUCGAUAAUCGAGUCAUUUAUUGAGCUUGGUGUGUCGGUGUAUGACUUCCCUGGGACGCCUGAGGCUAGCCAGGGUAUGGUGACUAACCUGAAGAGGAAUGUGGAUAGGAUAUUCAAGCUGAACCAAACCAGUAACGACCCGCAGAGUGCUUUGAAGGAUGUGAAUGUGCCCUUGGAAGUGGUUCAGUACAUUGAAGAUGGUAGGAACCCCGAUAUCUACACAAGAGAGUUUGUGGAGGCUAUACGAAGAUCUAACCAGUACCAGCGGGCAAAGAUGCACGGUAUGGGCAUGUUGAGGGACUCCCUCGCUGAGAAGAUCAAAGAGCAGUUCCCGGAGUUGAAGGACGACGUGGAGAAUAUCGUGCAGAGGACAAACAUGAAACCCACUGGCCAAGCUCGGGUAAAUAGUGGAACUACUAAUAUGACUACUACUGCGGAGCAAUCUAAUGUGGUCAAUGCAACCGCAGGUGACGUGGGGACAAAUGCCAACACUACAGAGAGUGUGGAACAAAAUGGUAUAUAG